AAAAAUUUAGUCUUCGAUGGUGAAAGCUGAAUAGGUUACUCAUUUGGUGGUGAACUGAAUAGUAGUGGCAAGUAGGUCGGAAAUGGCGUACUCAAAUGCAAGGCGCACGUUAGCAUCCACCCUCACACGAGUUCUUUCUUCUUCUUCAUAUGGAAGCGCUUCUCGCAGUCGCACUCGUUUCGCUUUUGCUUUGUCCUCUGCCAAACAAACCCUGCCCGUCCCUUACUCGUUCCCGGUUCGGUUGAAAUCAUCUGGUUCGGGUUAUUCUCCAUUGAACGACCCAUCCCCUAACUGGAGUAACCGUCCUCCAAAGGAAACCAUUCUUCUCGAUGGCUGUGAUUACGAACACUGGCUCAUCGUUAUGGAAUUCCCCGAUAACCCUAAACCCUCUGAAGAUGAAAUGGUUAAUAGCUACGUUAAAACCCUAGCUCAAGUUCUCGGAAGUGAGGAAGAGGCCAAGAAGAAGAUAUACUCUGUUUCUACUUCUACAUAUACAGGUUUCGGUGCUCUUAUUUCGGAAGAGCUUUCUUAUAAACUCAAAGAGUUGCCAGGAGUUCUUUGGGUACUACCAGAUUCAUAUCUCGAUGUUCCUAACAAGGAUUAUGGAGGUGAUUUGUUUGUUGAUGGGAAUGUAAUCCCUAGGCCACAGUAUAGAUAUGCUGAAAGGCAACCAAGUAGGAGUAGACCACGUCCACGGCAUGAUAGGCGCCGGGAAACUAUGCAAGUUGAAAGGAGAGAUAAUAUCCAAGGACAGAACUGGAACCAAGGUCAGGGAGGACAUAUGCAGCCAUCAAAUCCAAUUAAUAGGCAAAACUCGGCUUCAGUAGGAGAAAGCCAUGAAAUGUUUAAUAGGAGGAACUCUGCUUGAGAAAUUGGCAGUUAUAAUCUAUAGAUAUAUUUCCUUCAAAAAAAUAACUUAUAAUCUAUAGAUAACAGAACCACGAUUUUCAUUUAAGGUUCUGAGCUCUGGGCUUUACUGAUUGCUUCCAGGUUCAUUGUAGUAUUUUUUAGCAAUACAGAUCAAUGACUGUUAAAAUUGAUAGACUUGAAACAAUUAUGUGGUUUUGUCCGAGCCAGAUCUUUGUAUGGCAUCUUAACACUCCUCAAUACCCUGUCAAUGUGUCUAUUGUCUGACGUGUGUCAUAUUAAACCUUAACAACUGUAGUUACUUAUUCAGUUUUUUUGUUUGGGCGUCUGUUUGGAGCUGCUACUCUAUCGAUCUUUUGCUUGAUUGCAUUAUUAAUAUUAUUCCCAUCAUCCA